CUAAUAGUCACAAGCCAAGUAGCGUAGACAUCAAAGACUUGCAAUCCGAGUGACAUGAGAAUUGCACUCAUUUUCCCUAUAAAAGAAGGGUUUUUUUUGUUCUAUGUUUUUUUUUGUUCUAGAUAAAACUCGUCACUACGAUUUGGUUCGUUUAAACCCUAUGUCCCAAAUUUAUCAACAGCUUUGAAUGUCACCAUGUCUGAAUCAGAAGAACAUGAAGAAAACCUGGAUUAUGAUUCUCCACGAUACUCUCCCGCUUCUCCACGAUACUCUACCUCUCCUUCUUAUUAUGAUUCUGAUCAAUCCUACUUUGGUGGAAAACGUGGUAAAACCGACAAAACAGAUCGAAUUAGCGCCUUGCCAGAUUCUUUGAUACUUCACAUCCUCUCUUCCUUGGACAUGGGUGAAGUAGUACGAACUGGGGUUUUGUCAAAAAGAUGGCACCUCUUGUGGACUUCAUCACAAUCCCUAAUUUUCAGUUACUCCGGCCUACAUGUUAAUGGUAUAUAUAAAUUCGUCAUCUUUAUUGAUAAUACACUACUUCUUUGCCGGUCUAGUAUAGUCAAAAAGUUUUCGGUCGAUUUUAAUUACAGCAAACGCUUUGUUCGACAUGUUAAUAGAUGGAUGAUAUCCAUUAAGAAUAAACAUGUGGAGGAACUGGAUCUAAAUCUUAGGUCACGAGGUAAUUUGAUUGAGAUUUACAAUUUACCCCAGAUUAUGUACUUCAAUGUCGGUUUACGAGUUCUAAGUUUGUGCAAUUGCAAUCUUGUACCAAAAGAGGAAAUUUAUUGGCCUGCCCUUAGGGUUUUAGAAAUUGGAUAUGCUGAAUUGAACCGAGACGUUAUUAAAAAGAUUUGUUCUGGAUGUCGUGCGCUGGAGUCUCUCAAGUUUAGGAGUUGUUAUGGGGUUGAUUAUUUUGAUAUUGAUUCCAAAAGUGUGAAGAAGUUGAUGAUGGAUGACUAUGGACGACAAAACCAUGAUGAUGAUGAUGAUGACGAGCUGGGAAUAUAUGCUAGGAAUGUUACUUCACUAGAAAUUUGCGGUUAUUUUCAUAGAAGAAUACUUGUUCUUGAGGAUGUAAAAGCUAUACUCGAUGCUAAGCUAGAUUUCUAUAGGAAUACAGAUGACUACGUACUCGAACAUGAAUUUAGGACUGACCAGAAUAUGUUAAAAAAUCUCCUUGUAUCACUCCAGCAUGUUGAGAAACUCUCCAUUGGGACAUGGUGUCUGCAGGUCCUUACGUCAUUGGAGAUCCAAAAUUUGCCAUGCCCCAGGAUGAGAUGCAAAUACUUGACAUUAAACACUCCUAUGAAGAAAUGGGAGCUCCCUGGAAUAGCAAUCCUUCUACAAAGCUGUCCUCAGGUUGAAAUCUUGCACAUAAACGCAGAAUCUGCUUUUGAAGUGCUACAUUUGGGAUCUGGUGCUGAACCUCCAUCUCGGUUCUAUAUCGCCAUGGAAAAAUGGUUGUUGUCAUUGGCGAUUUACACAAAGAAGCUUAUGGGCAGAAUCCGAGCUCAAAGACCGUUGAACAAUCCAAACAUGGUGCUGAGAGGGAACAUGUGUGAGAACAAACAGUACAAGCCAAAAGCAAACUUUGGUGGUAAAGAAAGAGAAAUUUCCAUUGAUUACAAGACUGGGGAAUGGGGAGGAUCUAUCUCUAUUUAUACGUGGAUAACUUAAGGUGCUGCAUAUUAUAUAGGUACUGGAAAAUGGAAAUUCAGAGGUAAUGAAAAGAUUGACGUAGACGGGGAUUCAUAAGUACUUUCAUGGGAUGUUAAUAACUGGCUGUUUGACCAUGAUGAAGAUGGCUAUGCUUUCUUCAUGUUCUCGUUCGAAAUCACCAUUUUUUAUAUGGAGCUUCACCAGAAUUUUUCUUUAUGGUCAAACUUCUUCUUCUUCCUCUCUCUCUCUCUCUCUCUCUCUCUCUUUAAUUUUUUUUUUCAAAUUUUGACUUUGUUGCUGAUGUGUCAUUUUUUACUGGUUUUGUUUGUCAUGUCAACAGCAAGUUUAGGUGUUUAAACGAAUAAUUUGGAUAAGUUUAGGAGGCCGUCUAUGUAUUCAGCGUAUUAUCAUAUGUAUACAUUUUAAGUUUUUUUUAAUGUAUAAGUAACAUAGUUCGAGUUGGUGAAA